ACCAUGGUAGCCCACACCACCACCACCAUGUUAGCCCACACCACCAUCAUGGUAGCCCACACCACCACCACAGUAGUAACCCAUUUCCGACUGUAUUAUUUUCAUAUAGGAUUUCCCAUAAACUAGUCUAGACCUGCUCAGCAAGUGACCAUAAAUAGAUUAGGGAGAUGACGUAUUGAAAGGGAAACUUAACGAAAUGUAAAUCUUUCCAUUGUGACGAUGCUAUAAAUAGUCCUGUGACCUUCCAUUGUGACUCUUCACUUAGAAAGACAUCAUAUCCUAGAAGAAGCUCAUCAUGGGUAUCCAGGGUUUGACCAGCUUCAUAGAUCAUUGUGGAACAAUUGUAAAAUAUGAUCAUUUCAGAAACAGCAAGGUGGUCAUAGAUGGUAGUAAUAUAUUCCACUUUCUUUAUUUUAACCCAAGUGUGGAUCAGCAGCAUGGAGGAGAUUUUGAGGACCAGGUCUGCAAGUUCUUCAAGGCGCUGAGAGAUUGCGGCAUUGAACCUUAUGUGAUUAUAGACGGAGGCUCCGACCCCACCGACAAAAAGUUUGAAACUCUCAGAAAACGAGCUGAAUCAAAGAUCGACACAGCCAACAUGUUGUCCAAGGGGCUUCGAGGGGCUUCGAGGGGCUUCAAGGGGCUUCAAGGGGCCAGGUUAAUACCAACCCUUGCCAGACAAGUCUUUAAAGAGGUCCUUUCCAGCUUAGGGGUCCCGUUCGCACAGGCCCUUUCUGAGGCAGACCAAGAAAUAGCCUCAUUGGCUCAAAGGUGGAAGUGUCCGGUCCUGUCUAAUGACAAUGACUUUUAUAUUUUUGACAUCCAGGCAGGAUUUCUUCCCAUGUCCCAUUUUAAGUGGCAGAACGCGUCAGUGCAAAAUUACAUCCCCUGCAAGCUGUACACCACAACAAGCUUCUGCAGACACUUCAACAUCAACAGACAGCUUCUCCCAGUCUUCGCUGCCAUUGCAGGAAACGACUAUGUCAACUUGGAUAAGAUGGGCUUUCCUUUCAGGUGGAAAGACAACUCACCGAUGGAACCCAAUCGAAAGCCAAGGGUUGUCUUUUUCAACAAGUUGCUGAAAUGGCUGGCCAGUUUCCAGGAGAAGCAGGAGGCCUUGGACAAUGUGCACCUCCUCAUUGGUCAUGGGGAAAACAACAUGGAUGCUGCCCUCCAGGCCCUCUCUCAGGGCAUAGAAACAUACCAGAUUCAACCCGGUUGCCUGGAGCGUUUCUUCAAUGAUGGCGAGGCUCCUGAUCCCGGCCUUCUCCCAGACCAUCUGAGUGUCCUUCCAGACUGGACUCUGCUGCCGUUGACGAAGGGGACACUUCCCCCCUACAUGAUAUACAUUCUGCAGCUGAGGCCAGUGAUACAGGGUAUCCAAGUGGAAGAUCACAGCUUACCCAGUGGGAACAUCACCUCUCGGCCCAUACGGCAGGUAUUCUACGGGCUGCUGCUGGGUGAGGGGAGGGAAGUGGAGGAGUAUGACAGGGAAGGGAAGAACCUGACCAGCAGCAAGGUUAAAGCCAUCCUGCCCAGUGCCGCACAACUGCUGCAGCUGGACACACUGGAUCAGGCUCCACAUUCAGUGCGGCUUGAGGUGUUUUUGGUGACCGUUGGUGUGUCCCAGUCCAUUUUUAAGGGUCUCCCACCUCAACUGGGACUUCCUGUAGCUGUUACCUACUACUGGCUGAGGCACGCCCAUCCCCGACCAGACCGUCCUCUCCUGCAGGCCCUGCUACUAGGACUUGUGUUCGGAGAGCUCUGCAGACAGAGGAAGAGCCAGAGAGGGUUUAUAGAGGAGGGACUAGUGUUGGAGAGGAUGAGAGGGCUGAUUCAGAGACCUGCUAUGAGUCCAGACCUGGGUGUGGCCCACGUCUUUAGCCAAUGGAAUCGUUGCAUGAGGGAUGGCCUUUACCUGAACCAACUGCUGUGUCUCCCUCUACCUGAGCCUCAGUGUGCCUGGUUGUACAAGGGAACUCUGGUGCACCAGCUUGUGGACCAACUGAGAGGGGGGGUGACCCCGGAUUCUCUCCUGAUGGAAGACCCUUCCUCUGUGCAGCUGUACAGAGCCAUGCUGGAAGCCAUAUUCAACUCCUAGGAAGCUGAGACCACUGGACAACCUGACGGACCCUCCACAGAUUCUGGUGCUGGAGGAAGAAGAGGAUGUUGAUGAUGAUGAUGGUGCUGGUGCUGGAGGAAGUUGUACUGAAGUCCCAAUGUCCCACUGCAAGAGGAAGGAAAGAUUUAACAAAGCUCUGUCAAGUUGUAAAUAUCGGGACCACUAUAUACAGACCACUAUAUAGGGACCACUAUAUAGGAACCACUAUAUAGGGACCACUAUAUAGGAACCACUAUAUAGGGACCACUAUAUAGGAACCACUAUAUAGGGACCACUAUAUAGGAACCACUAUAUAGGGACCACUAUAUAGGAACCACUAUAUAGGGACCACUAUAUAGGAACCACUAUAUAGGGACCACUAUAUAGGAACCACUAGGGACCCAGCUUUCUGUGACAUUUUAGUGACAGAAGGCCUGGGUAGGAAGGCCCCACUUGCAUACACACACACACACACACACACACACACACACACACACACACACACACACACACACACACACACACACACACACACACACACACACACACACACACACACUCAUGAAGUAGUUUCACUUUCAUUCACACACAGAGAAUAAAGAAGAAUGAACAUCGAUAAGAGAAUUCACAUUUAUUUAAAUAAAAUAAGAAAAAAAGAGAAGAAAUGAAUUGGGACUGAAGUUUAUUGAAAUGAUCAUUCAAGGUUAAAUAGGUUACAUGUUGAAAGUUGAAAACAUUGUGAAAUAUGAACGGAGGAUUAAAGUAGUGCAGUAAUGGAGGUUUCUAGCUUGAAUUGUAAAUCCACAGGACAGAACAGCCAGGCAGGAGGUGGGGGGUUAGUUGGUGCUGAAAAUGCACCUUAUGAGCAAAUGCCGCAUUAGGUGUUAAUGCAUCAUUGGAGCAGGAGUUAGCCACAAUGAGUUAGCAGACAGGAAGACUGUUAGCCACAAUGAGUUAGCAGACAGGAAGACUGUUAGCCACAAUGAGUUAGCAGGCUGGAAGACUGUUAGCCACAAUGAGUUAGCAGACAGGACGACUGUUAGCCACAAUGAGUUAGCAGGCAGGAAGACUGUUAGCCACAAUGAGUUAGCAGACAGGAAGACUGUUAGCCACAAUGAGUUAGCAGACAGGAAGACUGUUAGCCACAAUGAGUUAGCAGACAGGAAGAUUGUUAGCCACAAUGAGUUAGCAGACAGGAAGACUGUUAGCCACAAUGAGUUAGCAGACAGGAAGACUGUUAGCCACAAUGAGUUAGCAGACAGGAAGACUGUUAGCCACAAUGAGUUAGCAGACAGGAAGGCUGAUGGUAGAAAGGACUCUCUUUGAGAAGAACCUGUCGACUGCUUGGAACAAGAUUUUUGCUUUCGCUUUUUAGCUUGAGAUAUUUUUUGUUUUUUAUUCUACUUGGUUAAAGUAAUAUUCUAGGAGGAAUCGUUAAGGUGACCUCAUUGACAGAAGUGUGUUAAUGUAGCUGUUAGAGUAUUUUUAAACACCAACUGAGGGACUGAUCAUCUUGAGGGGGAGACAAAGAGCCGUUUAUAAAUUGUUUCUAUUGUUUUUAAAUAUUGUGCUUCUGAUAAAAUUGUGAUCGACAAAUAACAUUUUAUUGGCACAUCCCACUAAUGGUUUAGUUAAAGGGCGCUGGAGGCAUCUAUCAAGUUAAUUAAUGGUUGAUUUGAUCUUAUCAUUGAUUUGUGAUAUUGAUUUGUGAUUGGUGAUUGGUUGAUUUGUGAUAUUGAUUUGUGAUUGGUUGAUUUGUGAUUGGUUGAUUUGUGAUAUUGAUUUGUGAUUGGUUGAUUUGUGAUUGGUUGAUUUGUGAUUGGUUGAUUUGUGAUAUUGAUUUGUGAUUGGUUGAUUUGUGAUAUUGAUUUGUGUUUGGUUGAUUGAUCUGUGAUUUUUUUAUGGCUGUUUCUGGAACUUUGAAUAAACUUGCUUUAUUGUUCUGAAA